AUGGCUUUAAUAUCUAAAGAGGAUAAUAAUGUAUGCAGGCUCUUUAAAGCUAUGAAUCUGUGUGGCAGUCAAGUACUGCAUAAAAUAUUCUGCUGGGGAACCCCGGGUAAACCUUGUAAUAUGAGGCUGGAUGAAUACUUAAAUAACUUGCCUCAAACAUCAUCAGCAAACUACUUAAGUCUUUCAAGAAAAUACAGAAUGUUUUACAAAAGGCAAAUGAAAUUAAUUGAUUCUAGUCCAGAUGGAACAAAGUUUGAUAUGCCUUUGCUUAUUCUGAGUAUCAAACUAGCCUGUGAGAAUGUAGCUCAUUUGAAUGAUCCAAAAUGGAUCAUUCCCAGUGUGGAAAUGGAGUAUUACAUCACUGCUGUAAAGAACAUUAGGAACGACAUUCUUCAUAAUCACUCUGCAAUUCCUGAUGAAGAGUUUUUUCGUAUCAUAAGAAAACUUCGUGAGGCAUUAACUGGAUGUCUCAAAAGAUCAGGAGAGCGGUAUGGGCGAGACGAGGCUGAAGUGGACAUGGAAAUCAAUCAGAUGAAUAAUAACCUGGACCUCAUCAUAAGUGAAAUACUCGGAGAGGAAGACAUAAUAAGGUAUUCUAGUGAUGAUAUAAGAAGGAUUGUCAUUAAUGAUAGUUGUUAUGAACUGAAGAAGUUUUUCCAAAAUAUAAUUUAUAUCAACCCAGUGUCUUUUUUCAGUACUGACCUUCCACUUAAAGUAAACAAUAUUUUUGUCGAUAUUGAAGUUAGACAAGGUAAACGGAGAGGUGAAGGUGAACAUAUAGAUUAUAGAGAUCUUCUCAGCCUUGUUCAGACACAAAAUCGUGAUUCCUGUGCACCACCUAAAAUACUUGUACUUGAAGGUAUGGCAGGGAGUGGAAAGACUACUCUACUGAAGCUACUAACACAGGAAUGGUCAGAGGGUGGUCAAAGAGCAAUUAAAGGUUUAGUCAAUUACGAACUCCUCUUGUGGGUACAGUGUGGAGACUCAACCAGAAAGUCCUACCAGGAUCUCCUAGACUACCUAAUACCAGAUGUUUCAUCAAAAUUCAGGAAUCUUCUGCCUAGAAUAAUAAAACUCUGUAAGGUCCUAAUACUCAUUGAUGGAUUGGAUGAACUGAAUAUCAAUUCUAGAGAAUUAGUCAAAAGUCUUUUACAAGAAUUCCGGAACUGUACUUGUUUAACUUUUAUGUGUACCUCAAGACCUGAAACAGUCGAAAUGUUCAUGAUGAUGAUCCCUGAAGAAUAUGAAGUAACAUAUGCUGAAUUACUUGGCAUAAAAAAAAAAUAUUUGGAGGAAUUUGUGCGUCUGACUCACCAAGAGAUAACUCGCCACACGAUGAGUAACAGAAACACUGAAAAAUUAGUAAAUAAGAUAAAGUUAUUUGAAGAUCUUCAUGAACACUUAAGAUUGCCAAGUAAUUUAACAUAUUUUGUUUACUCCUGGGACCAACGUCCAGAUGACGUAAACACAAUGACCAUCACUAAAACAGAACUCUACCAGGAAAUACAUCGUCUACGUCACAGAAAGUUAUUAAAUAGAUUGAAAAAUAAAGAUAUAAGUGAAAAUCACCUAGAGGAGAAGGUUCAAAUAAUUUUAAGGAUGUUAUACAAGAUAUCACUGGAGAGCCUCUCGCGUCAUCAGCUCACCCUUGAUGAAGCAGCAGAAGAACAACUGAUAUCUGCUUGUAAUGCAUAUGAUUUACCUUACAAUGAGAUACUUUCUGCAUUCAUGAGUUUGAAGCCAAUUAGGACGUGGCAAGGUGUCGAGGAGCGGUACUCAGCACCUCACCAGGGAAUUCAUGAUUACUUCAGUGCUCUCCAUAUUGUGAUGACACUCAAGGACCAUUUACAGUCUUCUGCACUGCAUGUCAGCAUAGAGGAAAUGUUAAAACAGAGUGUCAGGACAACCAUGGUAAACAUGGCCAAGUAUAACAAUGUUCUUGUGCAUGUGGCCGGGCUGCUUCCUGUCUUACUUGGUAAGGUGCCUGAAGCCACCACGCAGGAAAUUGUCCGUCUUGUGCGUGAGGCUAAUAUGAACCUAUCUGACACUUGCAAUGUGGACCAGUGGUUGCACCUUAUUGAGAACACCAAAUGCAAUAAAAAUAUCACUAGGGAAAUAGCUCGUUUCAUCAAUACUGAAAAGCCGAUUUGCAUCAAAGAGAACCAGAUGUUGUGUUGCAAAGCUCUUUUUCCUCACCUCGAACCAUCUGAGGUGCACAUUGAUGUCAUGAGUGAACCUGAUGAUGUGUCCGACCUGCUUCACCUGCUGGAUGUUCUCACCUCGUACAAUCAUCACUGCAUAGGACUGGCCCUGCACCACCAUUAUCUUCAUGAUGAUGCGGUCACCACGUCCGACAAGAUCCUGCAACAUGUACAGCCUAAGAAUUACCUGAUGGUAUUUCGGGGUCAUCUGAGUGAUGUGACUCUGCUGCCUUCCAGUCUUAUGAUGCUCUACUUAGCUAUAGUGAGUGAUGACCACGCUCGCCACCUCCUGCCACAGCUGCACUCUCUCGUAACACAACUAGAGUAUCUUGAUGACCUAGGUAAGUGUUUCACUAUUUUGAGUAUUGUACGUGGUGGUGUUAGUGAUGGUUAUUGUGGAGAACUGAGUUCUGAUGCCACUGGUGGUGUUAGUGAUGGUUAUUGUGAAGAACUGAGUUCUGAUGCCACUGGUGGUGUUACUGAUGGUUAUUGUGGAGAACUGAGUUCCGAUGCCACUGGUGGUGUUAGUAAUGGUUAUUGUGAAGAACUGAGUUCUGAUGCCACUGGUGGUGUUAGUGAUGGUUAUUGUGGAGAACUGAGUUCUGAUGCCACUGGUGGUGUUAGUGAUGGUUAUUGUGAAGAACUGAGUUCUGAUGCCACUGGUGGUGUUAGUGAUGGUUUAUUUGAUGGUUAUUGUGAAGAACUGAGUUCUGAUGCCACUGGUGGUGUUAGUGAUGGUUAUUGUGAAGAACUGAGUUCUGAUGCCACUGGUGGUGUUAGUGAUGGUUAUUGUGAAGAACUGAGUUCUGAUGCCACUGGUGGUGUUACUGAUGGUUAUUGUGGGAAACUGAGUUCCGAUGCCACUGGUGGUGUUAGUAAUGGUUAUUGUGAAGAACUGAGUUCUGAUGCCACUGGUGGUGUUAGUGAUGGUUAUUGUGGAGAACUGAGUUCUGAUGCCACUGGUGGUGUUAGUGAUGGUUAUUGUGAAGAACUGAGUUCUGAUGCCACUGGUGGUGUUAGUGAUGGUUAUUGUGAAGAACUGAGUUCUGAUGCCACUGGUGGUGUUACUGAUGGUUAUUGUGGAGAACUGAGUUCCGAUGCCACUGGUGGUGUUAGUAAUGGUUAUUGUGAAGAACUGAGUUCUGAUGCCACUGGUGGUGUUAGUGAUGGUUAUUGUGAAGAACUGAGUUCUGAUGCCACUGGUGGUGUUAGUGAUGGUUAUUGUGAAGAACUGAGUUCUGAUGCCACUGGUGGUGUUAGUGAUGGUUAUUGUGAAGAACUGAGUUCUGAUGCCACUGGUGGUGUUAGUGAUGGUUAUUGUGGAGAACUGAGUUCUGAUGCCACUGGUGGUGGUGGCUGA